CUCACCCUCAGCUGCGCCUACCGUAGGCGGCCUUGCCUCCACAAUCUGUCAUCGCUGUUUUUCAUUCGACACAAAAACAUGUUAUAGUUGCAAACGUAUAAACCCCAUACCACCGCUACAAUGCCACGCGAGCGCGCCACGAACGAGGAGGAGGCGGAGCUGUUGGGAGGGCACGAGACGAAAGCGCGAAUCUCAGAAGACGGCUCAGAAGCUUCAGGAUCCUCGAUAUCGACCAUGUCUCUAGUCCUCGAACACAUCAACGACGGCGCACCGAACGGCACAUCGCAUUCCAAGCUGAACGAGAAGUACCGAGACGACGACAACUACGUGCCAGAGCGCGUGCGUGAACAGCUUGAUAUUGAAGAUGGGCGCUUCGAGCCUCUCAAGCCGGUGGACAAGAAGGCGCGACGUAUGCUGUGGAUUGUGGCCACAAUCUGCGCUAUCGGCUGGGGCCUGGCAUUGGUGUCGUUCCUAUACAGUGGGAGCUAUAAGCAUGCGUCUACCCAACCACAUGAUCCUCUAGCGAGUUCUACGAAGGGCUCGGGGAAGAAAGUCACUUUGGACCAAGUCAUGAGUGGCCAGUGGUACCCGACUACCCAGAGUGUUUCGUGGAUCUCAGGACCAAACGGCGAGGACGGCCUGCUGCUGGAGAAGGGCGUCGCUGGCAAGGACUACCUCGUUAUUGAGGAUAUCAGAAACAAGGACAAGAAAGGAAGCAAAGGGCAUACCACCUUGAUCAAGGAGAACAGCUUCAAGUUUGGAGAGACGUACGUCUACCCCGGUAAGGUCGUGCCGAGUAAGGACUUCAAGAAGGUGCUGGUGCAAUCUGAGUACCAGAAGAACUAUAGGCAUUCCUCUACGGGUCUGUAUUGGAUCUUCGACGUCGAAACGCAGACCGGUGAGCCUGUCGAUCCUGAGAAUCCUCAGGCUAGGAUUCAGAUUGCAUCCUGGUCACCGCAAUCGGACGCUGUCGUCUUCACACGUAACAACAACAUGUUCAUUCGCAAGCUCAACUCGAAGCAAGUCACCCAAAUCACGCAAGAUGGUGGUGCUGAGCUCUUCUACGGUGUACCAGACUGGGUCUACGAGGAAGAGGUUUUCCAAGGCGACAGCGCAACGUGGUGGUCGGAAGAUGGCAAAUACAUUGCAUUCCUACGCACAGACGAGUCAAUGGUUCCCACGUAUCCGGUGCAGUACUUCCUCUCCCGUCCCAGCGGGGAGAGACCGAAGGCUGGCGAGGAGAGCUACCCAGAGGUCCGCGACAUCAAGUAUCCCAAGGCUGGCGCGCCCAACCCAGUUGUAUCACUCCAAUUCUGGGAUGUCGAGAAGAGCGAGGUAUUCAGUAUCAACAUCGAAGACGACUUCGCCGACGACAAUCGUCUCAUCACCGAGAUCGUAUGGGCCGGCUCGACCAAGCAAGUCCUCGUCCGAGAGACCAAUCGCGAAAGUGACACACUCAAGCUUGUCCUCAUGGAUGUGGAAAAGCGCACUGGUAAGACUGUUAGGACAGAGAACGUCGCAGAGCUGGAUGGCGGCUGGAUGGAGGUCUCCCACACAACAACCUUUGUACCCGCCGACCCAUCGAACGGCCGCGAGCACGACGGCUAUGUUGACACCAUCAUCCAUGAAGGCUACGACCACAUUGGCUACUUCACACCCCUGGACAGUGAUAAACCCAUCCUGCUCACACAGGGUGAAUGGGAAGUCGUCGACGCGCCCUCGCGCAUAGAUCUUAAGAAGAACCUGGUCUACUACAUCUCCACCGAGCAUGGCUCUACCGAACGCCAUGCGUACGCCGUCAAACUUGAUGGCACUGGUAAGCAAGAAGUCAUAGAGAACAGUGGAAUAGGUUACCACUCCGCAUCCUUCUCCUCCGGUGGCUCGUUCGCCCUCAUCACCUACAAGGGCCCCGGCAUCCCAUGGCAAAAGAUCAUCUCCACGCCCUCCAACUCUGAGAAAUUCGAGCAGGUGCUCGAGGAGAACAAAAGCCUCGAGCGCUUCGCUGCAGCCCAUGAGCUACCCAUCCUCAACUACCAAACCAUCGAGGUCGAUGGGUUCAAGCUCAACGUGCUUGAGCGUCGCCCCCCGCACUUCAGCGAAAAGAAGAAGUACCCUGUGCUGUUCUACCAGUACUCCGGACCCGGAAGCCAGCAAGUGGACCGCAAGUUCACCGUCGACUUCCAGUCCUUCAUCGCCUCUUCUCUGGGAUAUAUCGUUGUCACCGUCGACGGGCGGGGCACCGGCUUCCUCGGGCGCAAGCUCCGCUGCAUUACGCGCGGCAACAUCGGUCACUACGAAGCGCUCGAUCAGAUCGCAGCGGGCAAGAUCUGGGCGAAGAAGAAGUACGUCGAUGAAGACCGGAUGGCUAUCUGGGGCUGGUCGUACGGCGGCUUCCAGACUCUGAAGACGCUUGAGACGGAUGCGGGUGAGACUUUCAAGUAUGGCAUGGCCGUUGCGCCGGUCACAGACUGGCGGUUCUAUGACUCCAUCUACACCGAACGCUAUAUGCACACUCCACAGCACAACGCCGCCGGGUACGACAACACCUCCAUCAGCGACGCCAACUCGCUAUCCAAAAACGUCCGCUUCCUGGUCAUGCACGGCAUCGCAGACGACAACGUGCACAUGCAGAACACCCUCACGCUGCUCGACAAGCUGGAUCUCGCCGGCGUGGAGAAUUAUGAUGUGCACGUUUUCCCGGACAGCGAUCAUAGCAUUUACUUCCAUAAUGCGAAUAGGAUUGUGUAUGAUAAGCUGACGUGGUGGCUGACGAAUGCGUUUAAUGGCGAGUGGUUGAGGUUGCAGAAUGUGAGGCCGAAGGUGGUGAGUGAGGGAAAGGAGAAGAGACGAUAGUGAAGUGCACAUGUUGAAUGGCGUUUCGGUUAGGUACCCGCAGUCAUCGAUAUUUUUUGAGUAGUGC